UUGGACGAACACAUUAUGGGUAUCAGGAGUGGAGAAGACCAGGCACUCCUCUAGACUAGAAGACGCAUCUUGACCGUCUUUCUACCCUUCCAGGCUGAAGCAGUAGGCCAAGGAAAGACAAUGGCUUUUUAUCCCUUACAGAUCGCUGGACUAGUUCUUGGAUUCUUCGGUUUGGUUGGGACGAUUGGGACAACACUUCUGCCUCAAUGGAGAGUGUCAGCUUUCAUCGGCAGCAACAUUAUUAUCUUUGAGAGGAUCUGGGAAGGCCUUUGGAUGAACUGCAUCCAGCAAGCUAUGGUCACGCUGCAGUGCAAAUUCUAUAACUCUAUAUUGGCUCUCCCUCCGGUACUGGAAGCAGCGCGUGCACUCAUGUGUGUGGCUGUGGCUCUUGCCUUGGUUGCUCUCAUUAUUGGCAUCUGCGGCAUGAAACAGCUCCAGUGCACCGGCUCCAGCGAGAGGGUCAAAGCCUACUUGCUGGGAACCUCAGGGGUGCUCUUUAUUCUGACGGGUAUCUUCGUUCUGAUUCCAGUGUCCUGGACUGCCAAUAUCAUCAUCAGAGAUUUCUACGACCCAACCGUCCAUGCAGGGCAGAAGCGAGAACUUGGAGGAGCACUCUUCCUUGGCUGGGCAACCGCUGCUGUCCUCUUCACUGGAGGCGGGCUGCUCUGUGGAUACUGCUGCUGCAACAGAAAGGAACGGUGGCACAGAUACCCAGUCCCUGCAUAUCGCGUGCCACAGAAGGAUAACCAAAGGAAUGUUACUGUGCCUAGAAAAUCUUCCACCAGCUACGUCUAAGGCUUCCUUCCAACAUCAGCCCUGGCUUAUGCUCAUGUGUUUUAUAAAGUCACCCCAGAAACUGUGAGUACUUCAGGCAGAACUACUUUUAUCGGAGAUAUAAAUUGAGAUGAAAGUUGUGAUUUUUUUUCCCCUGAGGUAGGAAUAUAAAUGACUUAUUUGGACAUUGUAAUUCCCUGGGUGUUAUUUGUGCUCACUCUUGUUGAACUCAAUAUUUAUUCUAUUUUAUAUAGUAAAAUAUCAAGUAUAUUCUCGGUUAUGGGCAUGUGAUAAUGGAUUACUAAAUUUUGCUUGUUAUGUAUUAUAAUAAGAAAGUAAAAUGUUACAUUAUAAUUGAUAUAAAUAAAACAUACCCAU